AUGGGCAGUACAGAGCUCGUACGCAAGGUAUUCCCUAAAAAGAUUUGGCAAACUUGGAAGGUGGACCCCUUUCAUUUUGAAGCAAGGGAUGCGUCAAGGGCCAAGUCAUGGCUUUCCAUGAACCCUCAUCAUCGGUAUGAAGUGCUGACAGAUACGAAUGAUGUGGAUUUCGUGGAGGCUGCAUUUGGACCGAAUGGUCUUAAUCGACCGGAUAUCGUCAAGACUUACCGUCUCUUGACUGCCAAGAUUCUCAAGGCGGAUUUGUUGCGAUACUUGGUGAUGUACGCUGAAGGCGGCGUGUAUGCAGAUAUCGACGUUGAGGCUAUCCGUCCCAUCGAGCGCUUCAUCCCAGAACGCUACAACCCGGACGAUGUUGAUAUGGUCAUUGGUGUUGAGAUUGACAAUCCCAAAUACGCACACCACAAACUCCUCGGUCGCAAGUCUUAUGGAUUUUGUCAAUGGACAUUUAUGUGUAAGCCGCGACUGCCUGUUAUUCUACGACUUGUGGAUGAUGUGGUCAUGAAGAUUCACAAACUUGCCAGAGAUCAAAAGUGCAGCAUCAGCGACAUUACCCUCGAUUUUGACGAUGUUCUCGCAGUUACGGGGCCUACGGCAUUUACUGAUUCCUUGUUGGCUCAUAUGUCUCAAAAGACUGGUAGUCGCGUGACAUGGGAUCCCUUCCACAAGAUGACGGAAUCCAGGCUCGUUGCCGGUGUACUGGUGUUGACGGUUGAAGCGUUUGCCGCUGCACAGGGACACUCUGACUCUGGCACGCAUCAAGGACGUGCUGCUCUGGUUCGACACCAUUAUCAUGCAAGUGGAUGGCCUUCUACACACCCGCGAUUCCUGCAUCGACUCUUGGGUUCCAUCGAAGCUUGUAAUUGGGAUGAUGCGUGUAUUGAGCUUUGGGACUCGAAUGCACGCAACUUUGAGACCUACACGCCCGAUGAGCAAGAUCGGCUUGUUCGAGAGAAGAAUGAAGCAGAUGAGGAGCGGAGACGACUUGAAGAGGAAUCUGCCAAGAAUGAGGAGCGUCAAGCAGAGAAUCAUCGUUUGCUAGAGGCCGAGAUUGAGGAGCAUCGUCGAGCCAAGGAGGAAGAACGGAAUCGUGCGAGAAUCAAUGCUGCUGCGCUACAGCAGUGGGAAGGUGUUGUCAAGAAGGUUGAGAAGCUUGCUGGUGAGGAUUGA